AUGCAGUGCCUCCUGCUCGCCCUGGCCCUCGCCUGCAGCGUCCAGGCCGUCGUCCUGCCCCAGACCCUGCGGGACCUGGACGUCCUGAAGCUCCGAGGAGCCUGGCGGCCCCCGCAUGCAGGCAGGGGACUCAGGCGUGAGGGGCUGGAGCGAGGUGGCAGCGCAGGGCCGCAGCUGAAGGAGGGGACUGGGAGCCGGGCUGGGGCUGAGGGCACAGGAGACUAUUGCAACUCAGUCUUCCUCCUCCUCCCCCUGCAGCUGGCAGGGCCGUGGCAUGCCGUGGCCGUGGCCGCCCAGGACACCCAGGAAGCUGUGGAGCCAGUGGUGGAGCGGCAGCUGCUUACAAUGUAUGUCAAAGAGCUGCGGCCCACUCCCGAGCUCGACCUUGAGAUCGUCCUGGGCAUGCGGGACAAUGGCAAGUGCAUUGAGGAGAAAAUCAUUGCCAAGAAGACCGAGAUACCCACCAAGUUCAAGUUCAACUAUCUGGCUGAGCGGGAGCUCAUCCUGCUGGACACCAACCAUGAGGACUUCCUGUUCCUGUGCAUGGAGGGCACAGCCAUGCCCCCGCGGGAGCUGGCCUGCCAGUACCUGGCCAGGACGCUGGAGGCCCAGCCCAAGGUCAUGGACAAGUUCAGGGCUGACCUGAAGAUGCUACCCACACCCAUGCAGGUCUUCCGGGACCUCACCCAGCAGGAAGAGCCCUGCCGCCUCUAGAGCAUCUGCCGCCACCCACCAGGUGUGGAGCCCCGCCCCCCGGAGCAGAGCUGACCUGGGGUCCAGGCAGAGGACGUGGUAGGGUCUCUCCCUGCCCCUCCUGGGCUCCCACCUCCUUCCAGGCAGCCGUGAAUAAAC